AUGGUGGCUCCCGAUGGCGCAACAAGCGUGGGGGAUGCUGCCUCUGUCGACUUGCAAAUGUUCCCCGCUUCGUCGCGAGCCGCCGGAGGAUGGCCCCGUCACUCGCGUCUCCGCCAGCUGCGGAAAAAACAGGGACAGCGUCAGUGGGGCGACUGUCGACUUGAAAAGCCAGCUGCAAGUGAUGCUGUAGCUGGGAGAGCCAGAGACGGGCACAGACUGGCCAAAGGACGGGCGUCGCAGAAGCGAUUUUCCCCCGUGCGGCAAAGCCUCGUGGCGCUGUCUCCGUCGCCUCUGCAAAUUCCCGAAGCGUACCUGGGCGACGCAGUGUGCCGCACGUGGGGGCUGUCGGACCCUGCAGAGGCGCCGCGGCUGGCUAUGCCCCCUCUCUUUUACGCAGGACAGUGGGAGGACGAUGGGUCGCCUGACCUUCCCACUUGGGAGAGCCGCAGAUACUCCCAGGAAGACGCUGGGCCUGAGAGCAGCCAGUCUGCCGCAGGUCUUCCUCAAGCUGAAGAGACCGGCGAGCGUGAAGCGCACCCCAAGUUAAACGGCUUGCUCAAUUGUGUACUCGUCUCUGACGUGGUGGCAGCGGCAGCAGCGCUGCUCGAACGCCAGGCGUCGAGUCUGGUGAUGGCUGUUUGUCUUCAGCUGAAGGUUUUAUUCGAGGUAGUCCUGAAAGUUCGAGGCAUGCGGCGGCGGUUUUCAUCACAGCGUGCGGGGGUUCGACGCAUACCCCUUCCACUGAGCGGUUUAAAGCGGAGAUCUGCGCGGCGCAUGCCUGCCUUCGACAGCGGCACAGAACGCGUGUUUGUUCGGAUUGAGGAGUUCAAACCCCACUUACUGGAGCACGCCAGCUGGGGUGAGCGGUCGCAGGGCCUUGGAUCCGCUAAUGCGGCGUCUACUCUCCUCGGCACCACAGCACCAGCGGCGCGGCUGGAGGACCCGGCAGUCCAUCCGUGGUGGUGUGCUCUCUCUAACGCGGAGCGCCAGAACUCUCUUCAGACCCCACAAGCCAGGCGUCCGCAACUCUCUCGUCACUUGCCCGUCAUGUAG